UGGGAAGGGAAACAUUGCUGACCACACCAAUAACCCCUGAAGCUGACCAUGUGACAUUUUCUGAGGAUUUUAUUCAUCUGAAUGUUUGGAACAAAACGGUGCGCGAUGGUACUGGAAUUUCCGUUGCCUAUUUUUGCUCAAAGCCUUGCAUGAUUACCCUAGAAGCUAUAGCUUCACUGGAAUUCAGGAGUCCUGUAUCAGUGUACAAGAAAAUGUGGGAAGGGGACCAGAAUCAAACGGUCAGCUUGACAUUUCCGGAUCGUAUGGUCUUCAGAGAUGAUUAUCUUAUUAAACGAUCCAUAAUUGUACAUUGGGUGAUACUCUAUGCCUGGAUUACACAUAAAGAGGCAAUGCUUCUCCAUUCUUCACAAGCAGAAAGUUACUGGCGUGCAAUUGCACGGGACUAUAGUUUUUUGGAUCCAGUUCCACCUUUUCAACGACCGUACAAGGAGCAUAAGGUGUGCUUGACGUGGAGCAUGGAACAUACAUGGAAACUCCAAGCCAACAGGGUACCUCGGUGUCCCCACGAGAACGACAUAGUUGAAAUCCUCAACUUUCCAUAUGCAUCCAGCGGAGAGGCGACAGGAAUUGUGAAGAAAUUUCAGAAAUUUAAAAACAGAGAACUUGAAGCAGUCCGGAAGCAUCACAUUAAUUAUCCAAGCUUUACUCUGUUGGUCUGGCUUUAUUUACUGCGUUACUGUGAAAGAUCGUUGUGCGGCAUACUGUAUUUCAUUGAUUCGGGAGAAAUGUAUGGCACCCCUGCUGUAUUUCUAACUAAUGAAGGUUAUCUUCACAUCCAAGUGCACCUCGUCAAAGGAGGAGACCUUGCAGGGAAGACCACCUUCCGCCUUCCUCUGAAGCAGUGGUUUCGACUUGAUCUCUCCAUUAACGGAGAAGAGAUAGACAUAACCAUUGUUGGGAAGAAUAUGAGUAACUAUCAACGUCAAACUUUUAAUUUUCAGGAAGAUUUCUAUUAUGACGACACUGAUGGUUAUUUGGUUUUUGGUGGUAGCGGAUACAUAUCGGGAAUCAAAGGAUACUUUGGAUCAGUGAAAUACUACCGGCUUAACAACUUAGAGACCAAAAGAUUUUCUAACCCGUUCUCCAACAAAGAAAUUUCAGAAAGAAUUGAGCAGUACUAUCAGAAAUGUGCUGAUAUCCAGAGGGGAGUAUCCCAAUAUGGAUUCUCAUUGAAAUAUUUUGAAAAAAAUCAACAGUGCCCUCUUGACAACUAUUAUUUGGAACUGAACAACAAAUACAAAAGCACUCUGAAGUGUGCUGCUUUUGACUGGGGGAAAGAACUAAGAGAAAAAUAUCACAGCAUGCUUGAAGAGAUGGAGGACAGGAGUCUAUAUUUUCCAGAAGUAUCUGAACACAAGAAGGAUAUAGCAUUCAAAACUGGACACAGGUUAUUUGAGGCAGCUGCUCACAACUUAUCAAGAACGGAUGGUUUGCUUUAUAUCAAUUCUUCCAUCUUGGCCCUGAUGGAUUCCAGCCAUUGUGGAUAUUCUAGAGCUUCUUAUGCUCUUGGUGUCAUCUUUGAAAUUGGACUAGGUGUAUCUCCACACCCCGUUCAGGGAUUGCUCUACAGCUUGGUUGCAGCUCAGGAAGGUGACCGGCUGGCUUUGAUGAAUCUUGGCUAUAAGCACUACCGAGGCAUUAAUAAUUAUCCACAGGAUCUUGAGGUCUCCUAUGCUUACUAUAGUGAUGUGGCUCUAAAGACACCACAUGAUCAACAUACUGGAGAAGGAGAUCAGGCAUUUGUUGAAGCAAUCAGGCUUCAGGAUGAUGAGUUAUUAAAAGCACAGACCAAAGAAAAUGGGGAUAUUUUCAUGUGGUUGAAGCAUGAAGCAAUAAGAGGAAAUUCAGCUGCACAGCAACGUCUAGGACAGAUGCUUUUCUGGGGCCAACAAGGCGUGGGAAAAAAUCUAAAGGCAGCUGUGGAAUGGUAUGCAAAGGGCGCUUUGGAAACUGAAGAUCCAGUCUCUUUAUAUGAUUACUCAAUUGUGUUAUUCAAGGGUCAAGGGGUGAAAAGAAAUAGAGGUCUUGCUCUACAGCUGAUGAAAAAAGCCGCUUCAAAGGGACUCCCCCAGGCAGUGAAUGGCCUUGGCUGGUAUUAUCAUAACAUUAAGAGAGAUUAUGCAAAAGCAGCCAAAUAUUGGCUAAAAGCUGAAGCCAUGGGUAAUCCAGAAGCCUCCUUCAACCUUGGUGUUCUGCAUUUAGAUGGAGUGUAUCCAGGAGCUACUGGUAGAAAUCAGACUACUGCUGCUGGCUAUUUCUAUAAAGCAGCGGAAAAAGGUCAUAUCGAAGGGACCUUGCGCUGCUCUCAGUUUUACAUUACAGGAAAUCUACCAAGUUUUCCCAGGGAUCCGGAAAAAGCAGUAAUCUGGGCAAAAUACGUGGCAGAAAAGAAUGGCUAUUUAGGUCAUGUCAUCCAAAAAGCACUCAAUGCAUACCUGGAAUUGUCUUGGAAUGAAGCUCUACUGUAUUACAUUCUCUCUGCAGAGACAGGAAUAGAGGUAUCACAGACAAACCUAGCACAUCUCUGUGAAGAGAAUCCAAACUUGGCAAAAAGAUACUUCACCACUGACUGUGUUUGGAAGUACUACAAUUCCGCUGUUUCUCAAAGCAAUGCUCCCUCAUUUGCUUUCUUGAAAGUAGGAGACUUUUACUACUAUGGCUAUCAGAACCAGUCCAGAAACUUGGAUAUGUCAGCACAUAUGUAUGCACAAGCAGCGCUGAAUGGAGAUGCGCAGGGAUUCUUUAAUUUGGCUCUUCUUCUGGAAGAAGGUUAUUCUAUCCCAACUCAUAUUUUAGAACAUUUAGAAAUUGAGAGCACUGCCCACUCCAGAAAUAUGUCCCUUCGUCAAGAGCUUUAUGAAAGGUGCUGGAAUUACAGCAACGGAGAAUCAGUUAGUCCGUGCACAUUAGCUUUGCUUUAUCUACGCCUGAGGAUUUUGUCAAACAACAUUUUGAAUUCUGAUCUGAUUUACUACAUGGGCUCCUUAUUUGCCUAUUUGUUGGCUGCUUUUGUCAUUCAGCAUUUCUGGUUUCCAUCAGCAGUUAUUCACCCAGAUAUUUCAUCGGUGCCUGAAGGGAGACCUUUCCUUAGAGAUGAAGACCCUAAUCAGAUCAGAUCAGUAGAACAGGAAGUACCUGCUGACCCAAAUGAUUUGGAGGGGAAUCCCUUAAAUUCCCAACAUUCCUGUGCAAGGAGUUGAAACAUGUGGAAGUGUUGCCUUCAGAAGAAAACACCUUCCUUUUCCAAGCAGUAGUAAAAUGGCUCUUUUCUCUUUGGAUUUACGUUGUCUCCAAGAGCCGGUCUGCCUGAUGAGGAAGCAUGCCAUGACCUACAACAAGCCAGCAUUCUUCAAAAUCUAGAGCAAUUGAGGUGAUUGUAAUGAAUAGGAAGAUCAUUUAUGUGAAGCAUUUUGAAUGUUCUCUAAAUUACUAUAUAUCAGCUCCAUUAAGAAGAACAUGCUGCCAUGAGUGCAACCACUUUUGAAUGAGAAUUAAACCAUCCUUCUUAGACCCUGUUUAUUUCCUGAUUUGGGUGCAUAAGGAGUUCAUUAUUUACAUCUGUCUUCAGCUGAUUAUCAAAUACCCCUGUUUGUUUUGUACUGUAUAAUAAUUAAUAAGAAAAAAAGGCUCAUGGUAUAUUAGCUACUUUGUUUAUAUAUUUGAAUGAUCUGGAAUUAAAGGCAAAAUGAUGACAGCGAGUCAAUCAGAGCCAAUCAUCCCAUCGUUCAGGAAAUGCAAUACUGUUAUUCUGAUUAUUGUUUCAUUUGGGAAUAGAAAAAAUGUGAAGGGGAGGAGCAAAUGUUAAUUUUCUGGAGUGGGGGUAGGGAACAGCAGUGAAGUCUGGGCCCGUGUUGCUGUUGAUAAACAUCUACCCCUGUAACUUGAACAGCUCAUUCCCUUUAAAUUAAUUGAGGGACUAAGGAGCCUGAAGACUGGCCAGGAACAUUUCAGCUUUGCUGGGAAUGGGAGAGAGUAUUAAUUAAUGACUCAGAGUUGUGAGACUACAUGGCGAUCAUGCCAUUCAUAUUUUCUUUGACUUGUAAUGGGAUCUUCUGUAUCCACUUCAGAAUAAUUGUUUGGGCCUAAAAGCCUUAAGCAGCUUGUGACUUGGGCAUUUUCAGGACCAUCUUCUUGCAUAUUUUCCUCCUUGCUUACAUUCUCAGCUUUGCUCUGGAUAUCGGAACUGUGGAGUUAAGAAGUUUUAAUACCACACCUUUUUUUAAUGGCCAAUCCCAAUUUUGUGGACUGGAAAUGAUACAAAGAUCCCAACAUUUUAUUUUUCUAGAGCUGGAUUAAAACAUGGUU